AGGAACUAUCCAUGAAGAGUGGAGUUUUCUGCCUGCCCACCAACAUUGCCUUGGAUAUUCCCAUCAACUCAAUCUGGAAGGGUUGCAGCAACAGGGAGAACUGGUGGUGAUACCUGGAGUGAGUUGGGGAACUAUCAGAUCUGCUGCCUGCCCCAAAAUAUUCUGGGAUCCAGAAGGGCUCUCCAGGAUCCAUCUGAUUGUUCAAGGUCCAUCAUGCCUCCUUGAAGACUGUGGUUCUGCUUUAACAUCUGAUGUGACAUGCUGGAUUCUGCAGGGCCACUGCAGGUCUGUGCCGUUGCCUCCUAGUUUAGAAUGGUGCCUACUGAGAAGAAGGUUGGUGGCAGUGCCAUUCUUUUCUGCAGCUAUCCUGGCUGUACAACUUGUCCUACCUGAGCAAGACUUGGGAGCCGGUGAACCUUGCACAGGCAGUUGGGGUAUGGCCUGGUCUGGGGAUGAAUGGGAUGGAGCCACAUCAAAAUGGAUCUAGCAAUCAGAGUGAGCAGGUACCCACCAUCUUCCCUUACUCACCUCUGGCCUCAGCUCUCAUCCUUGUGGCAGUUCUGACUGUGGCUCUUGUGACACUUACAGGGAAUGUACUGGUUGUGUUAGCUGUAUACACUAGCCGCGCUCUUCGGGCUCCACAGAAUCUCUUCCUGGUGUCUCUGGCUACAGCUGAUAUUCUGGUAGCCACCCUCAUUAUCCCGUUCUCCUUGGCCAAUGAGGUCAUGGGCUACUGGUGCUUUGGCGGCCUUUGGUGCAGUUUCUACUUGUCGCUGGACGUCCUUUUCUGCACUGCCUCCAUCAUGCAUCUCUGUGCCAUCAGCUUGGAUCGCUACUGGGCAGUCACCCGAGCUGCCCGAUAUAACCUGAAAAGAAGCCCCCGGAGGGUCAAAUGUAUGAUUGGGGCUGUCUGGGCCAUUGCUGCCUUUGUAUCCCUGCCACCACUGUUUAAAUCCAGACAACAGGACCAGGUCUGCCUCCUGCAUGAUGACACCUGGUAUGUGCUGGCCUCUUGCACAGCCUCCUUCUAUGCCCCUUGCCUCAUCAUGGUUGCUGUCUAUUGCCGGAUUUACCACGUGGCCAAGCACAGGAACUCGAUGGUCAUUGCAGCACGGCGGCUGUCUUAUCCCAACUUCAUUCCUGUGGCCAAGUACAAUCCCUGCAGAGGGAGCGCCCAGCCUCCUGGGGAAACGCAGAAGAUGGGGAUGGCGCCUGGCCAGCUUCCUUGCCCCCAGCCUAGCUUGCCCCGGCUCUCUCGGCAAUGGAGGGUAGAUGAUGGUGGCAACAGCCAUGCUAGGCCACCAAGGACCCCAAGGCUUUCUUGGUCAAUUCCCUCCAAUCUCCAUCAGCGCAGAAGCAGGGACAUGUCCCUCUCCACCAAUCGGCUGAUGCAGGCCCGGGAGCGCAGAUUCACCUUUGUCCUUUCUUUCAUCAUUGGAGCUUUUGUGCUCUGUUGGUUCCCAUUCUUCUUCACCUACAGCCUGGAAUCUGUGCUUGGGGAAAGCUGUUGCAUCUCCAGGCCUCUCUUCAAAUUCUUCUUCUGGAUUGGAUACUGCAACAGCAGCUUCAACCCCAUCAUCUACACUGUCUUUAACCGUGACUUUCGCAGAGCCUUCCAACAACUCCUGUCUCCUACCCACUCACUCCUGUGCCAAAAAUGAGGACUCUGCUAGAGGGUUGUUGGAGCCCGAGAAAGGUGUGAUGGACAGGCUACAAAAUGUCCUCCUGGGGUCACAGAGAAGGUAAUUGGUGGAGGCUGGGGAGCUGAGUAUUUCUGCAGCCACUUUUUACUGACCUCCC